AUGUUGUUCAAUGAUUUGAGUAAAGAUUGGAUGAUUGAUCCAACAGUAGUUCCGGCUCAAAUGUCACCUGUAGAUCCUCCAGAUGUUCGUAACUGUGAUCGUCUUAUUGCAUCCAUAGUUUGCUUUACUUUGGGAGAAAAGCUGAGCAAUCAUUCAAUUGAGACCUAUAUUCUCGAUCAUAUUGAACUAGAACGUGAAUGUUCUCAUCGAACUAAUUUAUGUUUAGCGUGGUCCGAUGAUGUUUCUCUUACUUUAUGCUUUAUCGUCAGUUUGAUUCAGUGCGGUGGUUAUUCACAAGACGAUCUGAAUCAACAGUAUAUUAACUGGUGGAUGAACGGAUUCAUGUCACCCACUGGUGUCUGUUUCACUCCAAGUAUACAUAUCAAACAGACCAUUGAACAGAUGAGUAUAAAUCUAGCUGCUGAAUGCUUUGCAGUAAUUACCGAUGAGAACAUUUACACAACUCCACCGUCUCCUCCAGUUGCUGCUCUUCUACGCAUUUCGCCCAUUGCUUAUUUCUAUUCGAAUCAUUCACCUUCGGUUCGUAUUGAAGUAAUCACCCAUUGUGUUCGAGCAAUGUUUGGUCAAGAGAUAUCGAUUGAAAAUUUUGUAAUCUAUAUCGAACUACUUGUGAACGCUCUCAACGGUCAUGCUAAAGAAAAAAUACUACAGUCAAUGCAAAUUCCGCUCGAUCGAUCACAUUCAAUGAGUGUUGUCUUGAUCAAGCUCAUUGAUAUUCUACGAAUGGAUAAUAAUGAUAUUCAGCAGGGUGUGCAACAGGCGCUUGCCUUCAAUAAAUCGAUAGAACAAGAAAGUAAAUGGCUUAAUCCGUAUGACUCAAAUCAAACGAUUCUUGCUACACUCUAUCUUCAAGUUAGUGGUGCACUCUAUUAUCAGAUUGUUCCUUCUGAAUGGUUCGCUUGUACCUAUGCAAAAGAAACUUUAAUGGCGUUGGCAAAAUGGCUUAAUUAUGAACAGAAAUUGAAUGAAUUCGAAGAGAAAAUUUUGUUCUAA